GUUGUCAAUAAACCGAGCUGAACAUUGACAGAAGUAGGUCACGAGUCGGAGAGUGAAAAGACGCGAACUUACAAAACGACAAAUUUGGAUAAAUAAAAUACCGUUUACCAUAUAUCGCAUCAAUACAGACUAAAGCCUAAUGCGCCUGACCAGCUGGCCUGCUCGAAUGACGUUUUCCAGUUGCGCUGGUCCGGGUUGAUGUGAAAGUGAUCGCUCUUUUUCACUCACUGACUGUAAACACAACUAGCUAACUAGCUAGCUAGCAAACCAGAAUGAAGAGAGGACUGAAAGGUGAUGAGGAAGACCGCAACACAUCCAUGGAGGGACCAGCGGAGACCGGCAAAAUGAUGCGGAAGCUGGACACAGAGCCUAAGGACGAGGUCUCCAAUUGGGGAUGCCUGCCCCAAGAGAUCCUGCUGCACUUCUUGCAGUACCUGCCUUUGCUAGACCGCGCUUACGCCUCCCAGGUGUGCCGCAGCUGGAACCAGGCCUUCCACAUGCCUGAGCUGUGGAGGUGCUUUGAGUUCGAGCUCAACCAACCGGCCAGCUCUUACCUGAAGGCCACCCACCCAGAUCUCAUCAAACAGAUAAUCAAAAGGCACUCAAACCACCUGCAGUAUGUCAGCUUCAAGGUGGACAGCAGCACAGAGUCUGCGGAGGCAGCCUGUGACAUCCUGUCACAGCUGGUGAACUGCUCGCUGAAAACUCUCGGACUCAUCUCCACAGCCAGGCCCAGCUUCAUGGAAUUACCAAAGUCUCAUUUCAUUUCCGCCCUGACGGUGGUCUUCGUCAACUCCAAGUCGCUGUCGUCUCUGAAGAUCGACGACACCCCGGUGGAUGACCCAUCACUGAAGGUCCUGGUGGCCAACAAUAGUGACACACUGAAGCUGCUGAAGAUGAACAGCUGCCCUCAUGUUUCGCCUGCCGGAAUCCUGUGCGUGGCGGACCAGUGCCACGGCCUGCGCGAGCUGGCCCUCAACUACCACCUGCUGAGCGACGAGCUCCUGCUGGCCCUCUCCUCGGAGAAACACGUCCACCUGGAGCACCUCCGCCUGGACGUGGUGAGCGAGAACCCGGGCCAGACACACUUCCACGCCAUCAAGAAGAGCAGCUGGGACGCCAUGGUGCGCCACUCCCCCAAGUUCAACCUGGUCAUGUACUUCUUCCUGUACGAGGACGAGUUCGGGCCCUUCUUCCGCUACGAGGUGCCCGUCACCCACCUCUACUUCGGCCGCUCUGUCAGCAAGGAGGUGCUGGGCCGGGUGGGGCUGAACUGCCCCCGCCUGGUGGAGCUGGUGGUGUGCGCCAACGGGCUGAGGCCCCUGGACGAGGAGCUGAUCCGCAUCGCCGAGCGCUGCAAGCAGCUGUCCGCCAUCGGGCUGGGCGAGUGCGAGGUGUCGUGCGGGGCCUUCGUGGAGUUCGUCAAGAUGUGCGGCGGGCGGCUGUCGCAGCUGUCUGUCAUGGAGCAGGUCCUCGUGCCCGACCACAGGUACAGCCUGGACGACAUCCACCGGGAAGUGUCCAAGCACUUGGGCUGGGGGUGGUUCCCCGACAUGAUGCCUACCUGGUGAACCCAAACCCAGUCGGCCCUAACUCAAAACUGAGUCGCUUGGUAUGUUAAAAUAUGUAGAUGUAAAAAAUAGAUAAGAAAAUAAGCUAGCAAGCCAAUCAUAUUUGACAAAACUGAUGAAAUUCUGUUAAUGUUAAUUCCAGUGUGACGCAGGUGAUUGGCUUGUCCUCGUUCAUUUACAGAUUUACUUGUUUGGGCCUGGCUAAGAUGCCCUAACGGGAAUUGGACACAUUACAGUUUAGCAUACAUCUGUGCAGAGAGAACCAUUUGGGAUACAGCAUGCUCCGCUGCCCUGUAAAUUAUAUUAAUAUAUUAUUUUACGGAUUUAUUCUCAUCAUAUCCUGAGCGACUUACAUACACAAUCACUGUAUAUGACUGCAAAGGGUACAAUAGCAACUGGAAUGUGCAACUUCUGAGGGCUCUUAGCCCUACACAACACUGUUUUAGAUGAGAGCCAUUUCAUGGGCACGUGCUGACCUAGCUCGUCUCCUCCAUUUUGAAGACUGAAGCGUAGGCGAGACGGCCGCUGAUGUGUUUCACUCGAGUUUCACGCACGUCUCUUUGCCCCAGUUUCUCUCAGUACUGUACUGCUUUAACAUUCAUGUUUUUUCAUGCUCAGUUUGGACUCAUGGUAGUGAAGGUGUGUUUUUGAAGCUUUUGGUUGUAUUAUAUGUAUUUGGUGUGUGUGUUUAAAUGUAAAAAUGUAUUUUUUUGGCCCAAAAAUGAUGCACCUUAUCUUAACCAAAUUAUAACUAAUGUUUAACCAAGGGACGUAGGAAAGGUCUGCUGCUCGUAUUAUUAUUAUUAUUAUUAUUUAUUCUUCUUAUUAUUAUUAUUGGAGAAGUUGGACAACCUGUUAUGGGUCUGAAGACAAAACUUCAAAGCACACAACCAUGGUGAAUGUUGUGUUUAAAUGCAUAGGCAGUUUGUAAAAUUGUUAGCUACAUUAAGCUACUCAGAGGUUCAUUUGGCAGGAAUCCCUUACCUGACAUGACAAGUCUAAAAUCUUGCUUGUGAAAGUCUGAUGAGGAAGGUAGCUAAGAUAGUCAUGGUAGUGAUAUAAACCUCAAGGUUGGGGCUAUCAACAUUCCAACAUCCCAAAAAGAUAUUGCCAAAUUGUAUCUUUGACCAUAACCAUCCAGAUAAGUUCCAUUUGAAAACCCCUAAGGGAAUAAUAAUAAUUCAAAUUUUUAUUAGAAUUGUGCCAUUUUAGUCCGAAUAAUUACCCUAGGAGUGAUCCAUGACUACUCUCUUAGCAACAAUGUUGUGUCCGUUUACAUAAGCUGUGCAGUUCAAAUGUUGGCUGCCUUAAUUCCUUUUAUUAACUGGAUGUAAUGCUGUUCACAAACUCUUUAAAACUGAUUUCAGCUGGCAAACGAUGGUAUUGAGUGGGAACUCUAAAACUAGUCCUGGAGGGCUGCAGGGUUUUGGUACGUUGCAUCACUUAAAUGCAUAAUUUAAACGACAUCUGAUUAAAAUGAAACCAAAAAAAAAAUGAGAUCUUUAAACGUUGUGGCUCUCCAGGAGUGGGGUUUGAAGUUUGCAUUCUUGCGAUAGAGCAAUAACCUGAAAACAUUUUUCUUUCUCAUAAGCAUAGUAAGAAAGAAGGUUGAUUGGGCAAAGUUUGAGGGAGAUUAUGGAUUGCCCGUUGAUGGUGGUACACCUCCAACCAGACCUAGUGGAAAAAUUGAAUGUGUGUUUUUAGAUGGGGCCAAGCAAAAAUCUGCAAGAAGUCAUUUUUCCUUGUUCUUCACUUUGUGUGGCCUGGAAGCCAACCCUUUUUCUUUCAUUCUGGUUCAAUGCAGUUAUGUAGCUGACACUUUUUUCCAAAGCCACUUACAUUGAUUAGACCAGAAAGCAAUCCCCCCUGGAGCAGGACCCAAACAUGUACCUUAGCCACUAGGCUAUAGGCUGUCCUACUACCUGAUACCUACAGUGUAAUGCAAUGUAAUUACCUACCUACCUUCAGCUCGACAUGCACUUUGAAUAUCACUUUGAACUAUGUUAUGGCUAGUCACCUCUGUGACUCAUAAUCAUGAUUAAUUUGUUACUCUAGCUAACUGAUGCCCGCUGCUCUAUUACUGGUUUACAAAUUGAGCUUUUCACAGACCCUUCAAACUGUUUUGACCCUGUGAGUUCAACAUACGGCUACAUAAUCCUGUACAUGGAAGAGAAUAAUGGUUUCAGUUUUAUGCUGUACUUCUGCAAAUCUUAACUUUUUUUUUUUUUUUUCUGCUUAUCUGUAUUCACCAGAUUUCCCAUGAAUCCAGUUAUUUUUAAAUAAUCAUAAUAUUAAAAUCAGAAGUGGAGAAAUGCAUGGAUUUGUUGUGUUUUGGCACUUCUUCCCUUCGGUAUUUGCACUUUAUUCAUAUUUGUAUUCCUUGGAACUGUAUAUAGUUCUUCAGAUAUUGUGUUGCUUCUUUUCCUGCUGUAAAAAAAUGUUCUAAAGGCUUGGUGAAGCUGGUCUGUUUUUAAGGCUUUUCUUCUGUUUGGCCUCAAUAAAACAUCUGCUUCAUGUAUUUCACUAAAUAGUGUUGUGGAAAUGCUUUUUUGGAAUACAUUUUCGUGAAUAUA